UAUAACGGCAGUGGCUGAAAUAUCUUAUCUCACUUACAAAUUGCAUUUAGUCAGCCCGAAAGUAAAUUGCAAUUGUCCACUAACUGUUUAGCUACACAGUAAAAAAAAUAAGCAUUUUAUUAAGCGCUGCAUCGUAAACUGAACCACAAGACCGCAUAUUCCAUUUUGUCUUCUUGGAGAGCAAACUUAAGUAUAAUUGCAACAUACGUUUUAAGCCUAGAUAGGACCCUACUUUAAGUUCAAACGAAGGCAGACAGCAUGUGGAAUUCCGAACCAACACAUCGCCAGCAGCACCACCAUCAGCAUCAGCACAAUGGCAACUCUACCUCGGGCGGACCGCCCGCCAAGCAGCUGGGCAUGACCUCGGCCAUCAGUCUGGCCGAGCCCAGGGCUGAGGAUCUGCAGCGCACUGAUGAGCUGCGCGGCUCUCUGGAGCCGUACAACGUCUUCGAGAGCCAGGACGAGCUGAACCACCGCAUGGAGAUCCUGGCCAAGCUCAACACUCUGGUCAAACAGUGGGUUAAGGAGAUCUCUGUCAGUAAGAAUAUGCCGGAGUCAGCUGCUGAGAAGCUCGGCGGCAAGAUCUACACAUUCGGCUCGUACCGCCUGGGUGUCCAUCACAAGGGCGCCGAUAUUGACGCCCUAUGUGUGGCUCCGCGCAACAUCGAGCGCACCGACUACUUUCAGAGCUUCUUCGAGGUGCUUAAGAAGCAGCCGGAGGUCACCGAGUGCCGCUCUGUGGAGGAGGCCUUCGUACCAGUCAUCAAAAUGAACUUUGAUGGCAUCGAGAUAGAUCUGCUGUUUGCUCGUCUGUCCCUUAAAGAGAUACCCGAUGAUUUUGAUUUACGGGAUGAUAACCUUCUGAGAAACCUGGAUCAUCGCUCGGUGCGCAGCCUCAACGGCUGCCGUGUAACUGACGAAAUCCUGGCUCUGGUGCCCAACAUUGAAAAUUUCCGACUGGCCCUGCGCACCAUCAAAUUAUGGGCAAAGAAACACGGCAUAUACUCAAAUUCGUUGGGUUAUUUCGGCGGUGUGACCUGGGCCAUGCUGGUGGCCAGGACGUGCCAGCUGUAUCCGAAUGCUGCAGCUGCCACAUUGGUGCACAAGUUUUUCUUGGUAUUCUCGCGCUGGAAGUGGCCCAACCCAGUGCUGCUCAAGCACCCCGACAACGUCAAUCUGAGAUUUCAAGUCUGGGAUCCGCGAGUCAACGCCUCGGAUCGGUAUCAUCUGAUGCCCAUCAUUACGCCUGCGUACCCCCAACAAAAUUCCACAUUCAAUGUGUCGGAAUCCACCAAGAAGGUCAUAUUGACCGAGUUCAAUCGCGGCAUGAACAUCACGGAUGAGAUCAUGCUGGGCCGCAUUCCGUGGGAGCGUUUGUUUGAGGCACCCAGCUUCUUCUACAGAUACCGCCACUUUAUCGUGCUAUUGGUCAAUUCGCAGACGGCCGACGACCAUUUGGAAUGGUGCGGCCUGGUUGAGUCCAAGGUGCGUCUGCUAAUUGGCAACUUGGAGCGGAAUCCCCACAUUGCUUUGGCCCACGUCAAUCCCAAGUGUUUUGAGUUUAAGAAGGGCCAGAGUGCCAACAACUCGCAGAACAACAGUGGAAAUGAGGACGAUUUGAAGCAAUCGCAGGGAAGCCAGUCUGCAGUUACUUCGGCGCCAUUCUGCUCCAUGUGGUUCAUCGGCUUGGAGUUUGAGCGUUCGGAGAACCUCAAUGUGGACCUCACAGAGAGCAUACAGAACUUUACGGAGCACGUGAUGAUGCAUGGCGUAAACAUCAAAAUGCUCAAAGAGGGCAUGACGAUUGAUGCCCGUCAUGUAAAGCGCAAGCAAUUAUCGCUCUACUUAGAUUCCGAUUUCCUCAAGCGAGAGCGUAAGUCCAUGGAGAGCCACAAUAAUUUUAAUAACACACUGCUGGCCAACCGCAAGCGACUCUCGACGGAACUGGCCCAAUCGCAGGACCCACUGCCGCCGGGUCAGCAGCCAUCAAGUGGAAAUCGCGGUCGGGAUAGUGGAGCAAAGAUACACAGACUCAGCGAAUCGCUGACAGAGGAAAAUUCGAAUGCCUCCAGCGAUAUGGCGGCAGGAACGCCCACCACGCCCACAGCGGCGCAAAUGAGUGCGCCCAGCUUUAAGAGCUCGGGCAAAAACGGCUCCGAGAUGGACGUGGAGCAGGAGCCGCCACAGCCGCACAACAACGGCAGCAACAAUGGCAGCGCCAACAGCAACACAACCACAACGGAGGUGGCAUGUUCGUGACAACCGCCAACGCUACAUCCGCAUCCGCCGCAUCAGCAGCCGCCGCCCCCGCCGCCACAGCCACCAGCUCAUCAUCAUCAUCAUCAGAAGUUCCGGAAGAACAACAAUGCGGCUGCGGCGGCCGCCUCCAACAGCAUUUUCAACCAGCGCUCGAUCCUGCAUGCCGCUUCCAGUCUAACGGCUGCUCUAAGCAUAACCGGACACAAGCGCAAGCAACAGACGGCGACAUCAACUACCACGAUCAACAGCAGCAGCAACAUUGCUCAUAGCAACUACCACCACAGCAACAACAACGGCGGCGGCGGCGGUGGCGGCAUUGGCCACUAUAACAAAACGUACUACAUUGAUGAUGAUGAAGAGGACAACAACCAACAUUUGACAACUAACAACCAACCACAACAGCAACAAAAAGCGGUCAGAGUAGCAGCAACAUCGACGACACCAGCAACAUCGGUUCCUGUAGCUGCGAACGCCGCGCCACCGGCACCGACAAUUUCUUUGUAAAAAGCUAUUAAACAUACCAUUUAAGGAUUAGUUAUCAUAGUUAUUCUCCCCCAUUGAUUUUUUCGGCAUUGAUGCCCAAGCAAACAUGAAGCCCAUAAUAUUUUAUACAAAACGGUUUCUAUCAUACACCUUCUACAUAGUUAUGUUAAACAUUAUUCUUUCAACAAUUGCCUAAUCGUCAAAUUAAAAUUGGCAUUCGGACAUCAACAAUCGGCGCUAAGACAAGAACAACACCAUGACUUGAGCGGCCUUUUAGUGGCAGAGAAAGCAUUUCUCUAACAUUUGUCUUAAUAAUAUUGUUGUACAUCUUUUUUACUUCCCCACAGCUGGUUUGAGGAGUGCGUAGAAGAGAGAAGUGUGGAGAGUGGAAAGUGGAAAGUGGAAAGUGAAGGAUGAGUGUAAGGAUGAGGAGGAAGAUGGGUGAGAGCGGCGGACAGUCAAGAUCCUGGAGAAGAUCUGCUGCGGAAACUACUUACAUACUAAGAAGAUUUCUUUAUAAUUUUCCAUCUUCUUGUUUUCAAUAUUUGUUUUCUUCUUCUUCUAGUUGUACAACGCUGAAAAUUUGAAACAAAAUAUGUUCGUUUUUCUAAGAAAUGAUAUCUGAAAAAAGGUAAUAACAAAAAACGUAUAAAUGAAAUGAAGAUAUUGAUUUAAUUUUACCAAAUAAACCAGAAAAACAAAGCGAAAGCUAAAAACCCCAAA